CACAACCCAUAAAAUGUCUGGGGUUUGGGUCUUCAAAAACGGUGUGGUUCGUCUGGUCGAAAACCAGACUUCAGAAUCGAACCAAGGAUCGUUGCAGAAGAAGAAAGUGUUGGUUCACAUUCCAAGCAAUGAAGUGAUCACAUCAUACUCGAUUCUCGAGAAGAAACUAGCCUCACUUGGCUGGGAACGAUACUACGACAACCCGGACCUUCUCCAAUUCCACAAGACCUCAACUGUUCAUCUCAUCUCUCUCCCUCGAGACUUUGUUGGCUUCAAAUCCAUGCACAUGUUCGACAUUGUUGUCAAGAACAAGAAUAUCUUCGAAGUCAGAGAUGUUGUCAUGUAAAAAUCAUAUUUUAUUGUCUCUAUCGGUCUCUAUUUCAAUCUUUUGAUCUAUGUGUGACUUUUAUUUUUACUUUC